AUGCAAGGGCCAGCUGUUUGUUUGUCCAAUGGAAGGGGCUGGGUUGAGGGGGCAGUAGAAGUGGACACAGAGCAUGGGGAUUUCCUAAAUCUGUACUUUAUACAGAUAAAGGAAUUGAAAACUGAUGGUCACACCGACUGUCAAGAACCAACAAGACUGACCAAAGACGAUCUGUUAUCAGCAAAUGUUCUAAUUAACACAACUGAAACAAUAAUAAAAGAUGAUGUACGGCGUAUAGGACUGAUAACAUACAUAAAAAAGCAUAUACACGAUUGUGCAGCCUUCGAAAUUGGAUACUUAACAUAUAUAAUCCAAGAAAAGUAUAGGCAUAUGGUCGAUAGAUAUAAUGUCAGUUCCUAUAUGAUGACCAGACUAUAUUUAAUGGAACAUAUAAUGUAUUUAGGAGAACUAGAAAGGAAUUAUUGGGAGAUCGAUCACCUGUAUGGCAUGUUACAUGAGAUAGAAAGAAAGUAUAAGGUCAAAGAUGGAGAGUCAGAGGUCAAGGAUUAUAUGGAGACGACGAAGGAAGGAGACCAGACAGGCCCCUACGCAGAUUAUGGUAUGUCAAAGGCAUCAUCCCGAUAUCCUCCAACACGACGGACGAAGAUCAAGAAGCUAAAGAGGGAUGAGCAGAAGAAAUUCAUGGAAAAGCUUCUGAAUUUGAAGGGGGGGACGACGAAGGAAUCUACGAGGUGGUGGUGGCCGUUGGAGUAUGGAUGGGAGAUAGAUUAUUGGUGGGGGGGAGAAACGGAGCCGUAG